UUUGCCCUUUUCCCUUGAAACCACCACUCCCAGGGGCCAGCACAGGGCAGCUGGACGAGCUUCUCUCCCCCUCCAAACAGGUGGUUGCCAAGAGGGGCAAGGAUUACAUCCUGAAGCACGUCCCCAACAUGCACAAGGACCAGUUUGCCCUGACAGCCUCAGAGGCCCAUCUCAAGUACAUCAAGGAGGCUGUCAGGCUGGACGACGUGGCCGUGCACUACUACAGGUUGUACAAGGACAAAAGGGAAGUAGAGGCCUCCCUGACUCUGGGGCUGACAACACGGGGCAUCCAGAUUUUCCAGAACCUGGAUGAGGAAAAGCAGCUGCUCUACGACUUCCCGUGGACAAACGUGGGGAAACUGGUGUUUGUGGUGAGUGCCACCAUCUCCACCUGGAGCACUGCUUCCAGCUCCGGGGUCCUCAGCACAGGAAGGUCAG